CGCUAGAUGGAAGAGAGAUUAUUCUCUCUGUGUCCACAGUUUUAUCCGGAGCAGCAGUAAGAACACAAAUUAUACCAGAAGCUGUGUAUAACUAUUAACUAUACUCCAUAUAUUAGCCGCAGGCAGAUAUGGCGGUCUUAUUCUCUCUUUCAUCAUCAGCGGAAGCCAUUUCUAGCCCUAAUUUCAUUCACAGGUUGUCAGAGACGCCGUCGUCUUCCCCAUUGAAACCGAUCAGAACUGUUUGUUUCUGCGACAGCGCGAAGCUAAAGCUGAGCUUGAGUGCCGCCUGCACCACCGCCACCCACUCGCCGCGGUCUAGAACCAGGGCAGUUUCUCGCGGAGAUCUGUCCGGCGGAGAAGAGCUCGGAGAAGGGAGGGUUUCUCACGUCCAGACGAAUGGGGUUGGACUAGUCUCGGAAGGAGCUCUUUCGCUUUCGCAGGGUGAUUCUGAUGGGAAACAAACAAGGCAAAUUAAUAUUAACGAAAUGCCUAAGGUGGUGAUGCCCCUUCAAGUCUCACUUGGAGGCACAACUGGUGGAGGAGGUGCACGUGCCGGACUUUUUAGAGCCCCAAUAUCAGGUGGUGUGCAAAGUGCAACCUCAGCUCAUGGUCUACACAAACCUGCAAUUGCAGUCCGCAAUCUAAUGGAGCAGGCCAGAUUUGCUCAUUUGUGCACGUUGAUGUCUCGAAUGCAUCACAGAAGAGAAGGUUACCCCUUUGGUUCACUUGUAGACUUUGUCGCCGACCCUAUGGGACAUCCGGUGCUUUUAUUAUCACCAUUAGCUAUACAUACCCGAAACUUGAUAGGUGACCCGAGGUGUACAUUAGUUGUCCAGGUUCCUGGAUGGACUAGCUUGUCAAAUGCUAGAGUAACAAUAUUUGGUGACAUUCAUCCUCUCCCAGAAGAUCAACAGGAGUGGGCUCAUAAGCAAUUCAUAAAGAAGCAUCAACAAGGCCCUUCACAACAGUGGGCAAACUUUUAUUACUUUAGGAUGAAUAAUAUAAGUGACAUAUACUUUAUAGGAGGGUUUGGAACUGUUGCUUGGGUUGAUGCCAAGGAAUAUGAGACUGUUGAGCCAGACAAAAUUAUUGUUCAUGUGGCUGAAAAAUACCUCAAGGAAUUGAAUGCAGUGUUCUCGAAGCCCCUAAGAGAGCUAUUGUCCCAAGAAGCUGAGGUCGACGAUGUGGCUCUCAUAUCAAUAGAUAGUAAGGGCACUGAUAUCCGCGUCCGUCAAGGAGCUCAGUUCAACAUACAGAGGAUGUCAUUUGAAGCAGAGCAAUCAUUUGAAACACUUGAAGAAGCCAAAGAAGCUCUCUGGAAAUUGAUUGGUAAGGGCAAACAUUAUCAAUUUCAGAAAUGAGUAUCUGCAAAGGGAGAUUUGUAGCAUUAGAAACUCAAGUAUUUAUCUGAAAAAAAGAGACACAUUUGACCUCUGCACUCUAUUAGACAGACAUACACACUUGACUCACCCCCACAUUUUUUUUUGUUAGUGUCUCACUGUCUCCAGUUCUUGUCUAAAACAAUAAUAGAGUUGUCAUAAAACAUUAGUCCUUCCGUCUUAGAGGAAUUUGUCGCCUUUAAUGUAAUAAUAUACACCAAAGGUCGACAAAUUCUAGCAAGGCGGAAGGAGUCGAAUAUAAUGGCUGUAACGUUUUUGUAUUUAGUACUUAUUGUUGUUGAUG